GAGAGAGAGAGAGAGAGAGAGAGAGAGAGAGAGAGAGAGAGAGAGAGAGAGAGAGAGAGAGAGAGAGUAAUACAUAAAUUAUAAGAAGUUUGAGCCAUUUACCAUUGACCUGCAAUUUAUCAAGCUAAAAUUAGCUCGUUCUAAAGGAGUACCUAUAUAUGCUGAAAGUCAGUUGAAUAUAAACCAGCAUUCGCUACAUGUAGGUAUGCAUGAUAAACAUGAUAAGCAAAUAAACUGUUCCACUUCAAACACCACUUACCAUAAAAAGUUAUAGCGGAUAAUUAACAGAUGCACUAAUGUAUCGAAUGCAUAUUAGAAGGAUGUAAGCAGGCCGGGACAAAUUAAAAAUAAGAGCUAAAUGGAGCAAGGGUAGAAACGAGAUUAGGGGGACGAGAUUGGGGAAGGGUAAAGAGAAGGACGGACAGAAGGAAAAUGAGUGACAAAAGUCACAAUGAAGCAGGGGAAGGCAUGGUUCAAAAAAGGGCAGAGUUGAUGGAGCAGAGAGGGAGGACAGAGCACAGGGAGGGCGGAGGGUAGAGAGGAGGUGCUGCAGAGAAGUGCGUGUCACGCCAGGUCAGAGCCGGCGCCGUCGGACCGUCCGGGGCGGGCUGGACCUCAGCGGCGGCAGCUCCGACCGACCGGCAGCAGCCUUGGCCGGCGCCCUCGGCUGACGCGGUCGGUAUGUGGCUCCACGGCCGCCGGCCGGCAGCGCGGCGGCUCGGCGGCGGCGCGGCGGCGCGCGGUGCGCACAGUCGUCCUCUGUAGCCCGCGCCGGCCGCGCCGCGCCGCGCCACCAGUGCCGCCCAGCCGCCGCGCCGCCCCCAGUGUGUGUGUGUUUGUGUGCGCCGACACGGAACUGUGCCGCACCGAGCGGCGCUCAGCCUGCAGGAGAGCACCGGCGAUGGCGGCGGCUGGACGACGGGCCGCCGGUCGGCCGGUCUGAGGGCGGGGCUCAUCCAGACCCACGUCCCCAAGGCGUCCGGCUCGGCGGCGGCCUCGCACCAGCCGGGCCAGACUCCGAGCCGCGGCUGCCGCUGCCGCGCCGACAUCCUCUGCCUGGACAAGGAUGCCGACGGCUCCUCGUGUAACUGCUCGGCGAGGCCCUACGGCAAGAAUAAGUCGACCGGCUCGUCGCAGGCCGACUACGUGAUGGAAGAGUACAAACUGGACGACAAGGAGCUGGCCGCGCUGGAGAAGCUGUACGACUUCCCGGCCCGCUCCGGGCGAGCCUCCACGCAGGUGCGCGCGGUCAACAUCAUCGACACGCUCAGCCAGAUGGCACGUACUCCGGAGGCGCGCCGCCUGGCGCAGGCGCCCGAGCGGCCGCCGCCCGCCAAACAGCCGCCCAAGCAGGCCCCCAAGCAGUCGCCCGCCGCCAAACAGAGCGCCAAGCCGCCCACCAAGCGGACGUCGGGUGGCGGCGGCGGCGGAGGCCGCUCGGAGGGCGACGGACCGCCGCCGGCGCCCACGCUGGAUCGAGAGGCGAUCAUCGCUCGGCUGUUGGCUGAGGCGGCCCGCAGCCCGCCGCCGCCGAUCCCCAGCCGGAGGCCCGACCUAUCGGUCCUCAACAUCCGUGCCGAGUCGGCCAACAACGCUGCCGUGCGCGGCAAGCUGCCGACUCCGCCAGCCGGCGGGGGCGGCGGCGGCGGCGGCAGCGGAGGGCGGCAGCGGGACGACCUCCUGGAUGACCUAUAUGGACGCAUCAAAGGAGGCCGGCGACCGCCCGAGCUGCGGCGCACGCCAGACUGGAUCAGAACCAUCUUUGACGUGGCACGAGGAGGUGACAUCAGCGAACUGCGCUCGUCCCUCUCGGACAUGGAGCCGACGCUCAUCAGGAAUCUGUCCGACCACCACGGCAACAACCUGGCGCACGUGCUGGCCGCCUGCGGCCACGUGCAGGCGCUGGCCUGGCUGGUCGGCACGUGCGGCCACGUGCUUAGUGAGGCGCUGGCCGACGAGAACAAGCACGGGCUGACACCCAGCGUGGCCGCCGUUCGGUGCGGUAAGCUAGACGUGAUCCAGUGGAUGGUGGAGAACACGGUGAUCCGUGAGCGCCUGUUCACCAGAGAGGGCGAGCGCUCCCUGCUGCACGCCGCCGCCAAAUACGGCCAGGUGGAGAUCACGUCCUGGUGCGCGGACCAGCUGCUGCGCGAGGGACAGGGCAUGGACCUGGCCGACCACCACGGCGACACGCCCCUCCAUCUGGCAGCCAAGACGGGCAACACGGCCGUGGCGCAGAAACUGCUCGAGCGGAACGCCAGCGUCACAGCCAGGAACGACAUGAGCUUGAAGCCGUUCGAGUUGGCGGUACACCACGGUCACAGCGCAUGUGCAGAGUAUCUGCUGACAUACGAGGCCCUCGGUGACCUGGCGGUUGACUUCACUAGCCUGGAGGCAGAGGCCGGCCGGCUGCAACACGAGAACGCCGACUACAAGAAUAACUUCAGGGAGGUGCUGUCCGUGUCGCGGAAGCUGCUGCGGGAGCGGGAGGACAUGUGUAAGGACCUGAGCCGGCUGCACGAGAGCACCCUGGAGCUGCACGACCGGCUGCUGGGCCAGCUGCAGCAGCUGUCGGCCGAGAACCGGCAGCUGCGCCGCCGGCUGCAGGAGCCGGCCGACGAGCCGGCCGACCAGCUGGACGAGUCCGCCGAGCUGGCUAACACGCUGCACGUGCGCUGGCAGCACUGCCAGCGCGCCUGGUUCUCGGCGCCGCUGGCCGACACACAGCACCGGCUGCUGAUGGCCGAACAGGCCUGGAAGCGGCUGCGCGCCUCGCGCAAGGAUAACGUCAGCAGCAUGACCAGCGCCCAGGAGAUCGUCAGGAACAAGAUCGGCGACCUGCGCGCGCAGUCUGCCCAGACGCGCUACCUGGACCCGGCGGCGCUCUCCUCGUCGGAGAACUCGCUGGUCGACUCGGAGCUCUACCAGCAGAUCUCUCCGCGCUCCGUGGUGCGGCCCGCCGCCAGCGACAUCUACGGCGCCGCCAAGUCGCUCGACGGCAGCGACCUGUGUGCGCCCGGCGCCAGUCCGGCGCGCACCAACGGCAGGAGACGCGCCAGCCGCGACGCACUCGAGGCCGGCUUCCUCAGCGAGCAUGACAACAGUGACAUUUAUGGGCGUGGUGCGUCUGGUGGCCGGAGGAGGCCAGCGCGCGUCCCCCGGCCGGCCCGCGAGCGGCGCGGGAAGAGUGUAGAGAAAAUGGAGCGACUUAGUGUUAGCGUGACUGGAGGAGGGGGCAGUGGAGGCGGCGGGGCGCAGUCGAACGCACCCGGCCUCGCGCGCAACCUAGACCUCAGCAAAAGUCUGGACUUCAGCGACAGUGUGCUCAGUGGCACCGACGAGGUGCACAACUCGACGUUUUCGGCCCGGCCGCGCGGUGGUGGCGGCGGGGGCAGUGGGGGUGACGGCGAGGGCGGCACGCCGGACCGAGCCGCCGCGCAGGACGAGCUCCGGCGCCAGCUGCGCGGCCUGGCUCUCGUCUCCGACUCGGGCUCCGCGUCCGUGCUCGAGGUGAUUGAGCCGGCCGGCAGUGAGGCGGGCAGCACUGUGGACCUCGUGCAGCGUGAGAUCGAGGCGCAGCGGCGCGCCAGACAGGUCCGCUCCCGUGACUCGUCCCGCUCGCGCGACCGCCGCCAGGAACCGGCCGCCUCUGAGGCAGCCAAACAGCUCGAUCAAGUGCGAAUGCGCCGCAACACCACCACCGAAGAUGACAGUGAUUUUUUAGGACUAAGGACGAGCAAACCGCACCGCUCGAGGCCGGCGGCGAGUGAGGCCGCCCGGGCCGGUUCGGUGGUGUCCGGUGUGUCGGGGGUAUCCGCGGGGCAGCCGGGCUCGACCGGCGGCGUCGGUGAGGUAGCGGUGCGGCGGGCGCGCGGCGCCGAGUCUGGCUCCGGCUGGCGGUCGGAUGGAGGUGCCAGUCUGGCCAGUCUGGUGCUCUCCGAGCCGGACAUCCUACAGGGCACGCGGCACACGCUCGAGCGGCCUGAAGAACCGGCGAUAUCCCCUGCGCCGCGCACUGAACCGGUCUCCGACCACCCUGCCGACGAGACUGCAGACGAGCUGGAGCGGCCGCUCUUUGAGCUGGACGGCCGCGCCGGAGCGCUGCCCGACGCCGGCGCCGGCAAACGGCGUGGCUUUCUGCAGAAAUUCGCCAUGCGAACCCGCUGGAACAGCCGAAAGAAGGAGCGCGCGUGGCGGCCGGGCGGCGGGGAGAUCAGCGGCGACGAGUUCCGCGAAAUGUACCAGCAGGAGGGCCGCGACCUGUCCGUCUCCUCGCAGGACCUGAGUGCCUCGGAGGCCUCGUCACUCGAGGAGAAGAAGCGCACCUCGCUCGGUGAAGUCGGAUCCCUCUCCGAGGCUUCCGACGCCGAGCACCGCUCCAAGCGGGCCUCGGUCGCCUCAAAGCGUGAGAGUGACUCGGCCGAGGCGGAGACUGCGCUAAAAGAGCCGGCCGCCAAGCCCUCGGCGGCUGCCGUCGUGGUAGAGAAGCGCACGGCACCACCCAGCGCGCUGCCCGCCGCGGAGUCCGCCGCAGACAAGCCGGCGCCGCCGCCAAAGCCGAAGAUAGCCGCCAAACCGAGCACCCUUCCGCGGCGGGCGCCUGCGACGGCUGCCGAGCAUCUGACUGAGGAGGUGCCCCGACCGGCCUCCUCAGCCAGCCGACCCGACUCGUCUGCCUCCAGUUUCCCGCCGUACAAGGGGUUCGCGCUGUCGGGCGGGGCCAGCUCACUGAGCGCUGAGCUGCUGCCGGCGGCCGAGGGCGGCGCCGCCGGACGCCACAGCCCGGCGCCCAGUGAGGCUAGCAAGACCGAGUCGGCGCUGUCGCCUCCCUCGCACGCUUCGGACGUCUCCAAGACGGAGUCGACGCGGCACCUGAACCAGCUGGACAAGAUCGAGGAGCUGCGCGCCGAGUCGGUGCAGAAGCUAACGGCAGAUGUGGAGGAGGCGGCGGGCCCGGCGCCGGCGGAGGAGACACGCCUGCCGCCGCCGGCCGCGCCCCAACCGGUCGCCCCCAAACUCAAACGGGGCGUUGAGAAGAAGCUGCGUCGCCGGCGGGACGACCGUCCGUGGUACGAGGUCUCUGACGACGAGUCAGACCUUCUACACGCCGGGCGGUACCAGCCCGUGCAGCGCAGCUCCAGUGACGAGGAUGCCCAGCUCAUAUAGCCGCCGGCGAUACGGGCGAUAUAGCCGCCGGCGAUACAGGCCAUACGCCGGCGAUCCGAGCUCGGGGAAACUAUCCGUGCCACCAGCGCUCUCUGUGUGCCAACCGCGGCAGCGCCGUGCCAUUCAGGGCCAAACUCUGUGCCAACAGGUCACCUGCUCAACCGUGCCAAGCGGACCAAGGGCCGCCGAAUUCCCUCCACCGAGGGGUCAGGGGAGUUUAUGGGGGCGCGCUUCUGUGUGGGGGUAGGGUGGGUGGGUAGGGAGGGGGAAUGAGGGGAACAGGGAGGGUUUGGAGGGAGAGGGAGCGAAAUGGAGAGCUAAUAUUGUGAAGGAUACUGUGUGUGCUAAGAGGAGCAAUGAGUUCAUUCUCCUGCGAGGGAAAUAUGAAUGUGACGAAGAGUCUUACGCUAUGGUUAACUGCAUUGGUUUGGGAUGCCACUGGAGGCGAGAGUGAAACAAAACGACAUGUUCCUUAUCUGUCUACGGGUACAUUCUUGUAAUCUAGUGGCAGUGGUUCCGACGACCCGGCGUGGUCGCCGCGCCGCCGCCCUCCCCGGACCUCACAGCGGCGGCGCCGGCCGCACGCCGGAAUACCCGCCGCUCAAGCCGUGUGUAUGUAUGUGUGCGUGUGUGUGUCCGUGUGCAUUGAGGGUACAAGUGCCGUGCGUGCUGUGACAAUCAGAGAACCGCUCCAGCCAGGUGUUAGUGACGUCCGGAGCGCAAAUGACGUCAUAUGAUAUCGGUGACGUCACACAGUGUCAAUUUAGUUACGUGGUGAGCCAGGUGAACAAUAUCCCCGUGUUCGCACAAAUGUUUAUAAAUGUAUUCUUUGCUCAUGAGCGUGCCGAUAUCACGAAAAUAUACAUAUCUUGACGAAGGCUCGA